UUGCGCAUGUUUAAGGAUUUUAAAAUGGAUUUAUCAUCACUGGUUAUUGUUCUGUUAACUGUCUUGGACACAGUAAGUGGACUGGAAUGCUCUAAAUGUACUCACGUGGUUAUCAAGGAGGUCCCUUCAUUUCUCCAAAGCAUUGUAUUACCCAAAAGUCCUCAAUGUGCCAAUACCCCUCCGGGACAAACAGUCGAUGAUGUGAGUUUGGUCAAGUGCCUCAGCAAUCCAACGUCAGGACAGGUGUACAAGUGUGGGACCUACACCGGCACCGUCACCGUGCAAAUUGACCUAACACUCAUCAACCCCACUGUAAAUGCUGAUAUAGUAUACCGUGACUGUGUGCUGAUGGACCCAGCAGUCCCUGCCUCAUGCGCCAUACAGAACAACAUGCCUGCUGAUAACGCAGUACUGAAAUCCGUGUUGUCCAGCCUAGCAGAUAUCAAUGCUGUCACCUUUGUCGGUACCAGAUGCGUGGCAGACGAGAGAUCUUUAAUAGCCUUAGGUCAACAUCAACACAUCUGAGUGAAACCAAAACUUUCUUUUGCAUGUUCAUGCUUGUAAUCACUAUAUAUUUACU